CACUGACGAAAUAUGUUUGCACUUGUGGCUGGGGUUAAGCUUUGUUGAAAAGCUAGGAGUGAUGUCUAUCUUGAACUUAUGCUUCCCCUUGCUGCUGCCACUGCUGCUGUAAACCUUCAGGACACUGCCAGUAAUCCAGGUCUUCUCUAACACCAAGCUACAGACCACCACAUUCUUCAUUGGUGGACACAUCUACAUCUUGGAGAUUUCCAGAGGAAGUGAUGUGGUGCCUAUCACAUUCCUGGAGAUAUCUAGGCUUCUUUCUAGCCAUGUUCUUAUUGCUAAAGUCACUUGAAGUGCAAGCUGUGGUUAGCUACAAGCCAAACAUUGUCAUCUUCUUGGCAGAUGACCUUGGCAUUGGGGACGUAGGUUGCUAUGGAAACAAUACAAUCAGGACUCCUAAUAUUGACCGGCUUGCAGAAGAAGGAGUGAAACUUACUCAGCACAUUGCUGCAUCUCCUUUAUGUACUCCAAGUAGAGCUGCUUUCUUAACUGGAAGAUAUCCAAUCCGAUCAGGUAUGGAUGCAACAGAUCGUUAUCGGGUCUUUCACUGGCUUGCUGGUUCAGGUGGCCUUCCUCCAAAUGAGACAACCUUUGCCAAGAUCUUACAGAACCAAGGUUACAGCACUGGCUUAGUAGGGAAGUGGCAUCAAGGUGUGAAUUGUGAAUACCGUAAUGACUACUGCCAUUAUCCCUUAAAUCAUGGAUUUGAUUAUUUUUAUGGAAUGCCAUUUACCCUCAUGGGUGAUUGCCAUCAACUUCCAGAGAUGGACUUGCCACUGCGAAUAAAACUAUCAUCUUAUACUCAGAUGAUUGUUCUGGCUGUGUUUACUCUUAUAGCAGCAAAACUUACUCACUUGGUGCAAGUCAGCUGGAAACUUAUUUUUCUUCUGGCUUUGUUUGGCUUCAUAUUCUUCAUUUCUUGGUUCUCAAGCCUUGGAUUCAUUAGACUCUGGGACUGUAUUAUGAUGAGGAACUAUGAAAUUACAGAACAGCCAAUGAUGGUAGAAAGAGCGGGACCUCUUAUGCUGAAGGAGGCAAUUUCCUUUAUUGAGAGGAACAAGCAAGGACCAUUCCUACUGUUCUUUUCUUUUUUGCACGUUCACACACCUUUGGUCACCAUGGAAAAUUUUACUGGGAAGAGUAAGCAUGGAUUGUACGGUGACAAUGUUGAAGAGAUGGACUGGAUGAUAGGAAGAAUUUUGAACGUACUUGAUGAUUACAAUUUGAAAGAGAGCACGUUGACCUACUUCACCUCUGACCAUGGUGGACACUUAGAAGCCCAGGAAGGAAAUGCACAGCGAGGUGGAUGGAAUGGCAUAUACAAAGGCGGGAAAGCCAUGGCAGGCUGGGAAGGCGGAAUCCGUGUCCCUGGUUUGUUUAGAUGGACAGGAAUGCUACCUGAGAGAAAAAUUAUUGCUGAACCCACAAGUCUCAUGGACAUUUACCCUACACUUAUUCACCUGGCUGGUGGGACAGUACCACAAGACAGGGUAAUUGAUGGUAAAGAUCUGAUGCCUUUGCUGCUGGGACUAGUUGAGCACUCAGAGCACGAGUUCAUGUUUCACUACUGUGGAGUAAAUAUACACGCAGUGCGGUGGCACCAGAAGGAGACUGGAAGUACCUGGAAAGCUCAUUAUGUGACACCAGUUUUUCAACCAGAAGGUUCUGGAGGCUGUUACAAAACUAGGUUUUGCCCAUGUUUCGGCAAAGGUGUAACACGUCACAAUCCUCCUUUGCUGUUUGAUCUCUCGAGAGACCCUUCAGAGGCUGUGCCCUUGUCAUCAGAUCCCGAGCCACUGUUCCACAUGGUUCUGCAGAGAAUCGACAAAGCUGUGGAGGAGCACCAGAAGACUCUCACGCCCGUCCCACAGCAGCUCUCCGUCUUCAACAUUAUGUGGAAGCCAUGGUUACAGCCUUGCUGUGGGACCUUCCCAUUCUGUCAGUGUGACAAAGAAAAGGACAACAUAGAAAAUGAAAAAUAGAGUCAAAGUUCUAUGUGAUGAAUUAUACCUUUUGGACCAAAAACACUUUUUUCAGGACCAAAGUUCCCCUCAUCUGGUAGAUGACAACAAUAGCAGCAGGAACUGAUAAUAGAAAGAUCAAUAAAAAGAAAACAGAAGGCCAGAAAAUUGUAGUGUAUUUUACUGAUUAGUAGGGCUGAGAGUAAAGCUGUAAGCAACCUCAGUUUAACCUGUGGCAUAGAGACCAAGCCUUCAGUUUGAAUAUCCUCAACAUACUGAUGCGAAGAGCCAAACCAAGAAAUUCUGUGCCAGUGUUAUGCAAGAUUUGGGAUCUGUAGCAAACCACAUUAAAGGCAGGGGAGAAUGUGAAAAAAGUCUGCCUAAUUUCACUUCAUAAAUGCCCUUCACCAAUACAGUGGUUAAAAACAGAACUCGUUCACAACUGAUUCAACACAGGCAGAAAAAUGUUUCUGCUCUUUUUACUGCAUGCAUAUGCCAGUGGUGACCACUGCCUUCAGGGGUAGAAAACUAAGGUAGGGCAAAGCAGAACAAAUUUUUGAUAUUAUUCACAAGCAAAAAGACCUCUGAAUAUUGGGAGUUCAUACACUGCGUUUAUAUAUUAAUCUGAAAUUAAGUUUUAAAAAGCAAUGAUAAUGAUUGAUAGAUUUAAUUGGGAUAUGAGAUAAUUUCAUCAAUAUUUUAUCAAAUAAAGGGAAAGGGCAAAAGCCAGGGCAGGAAUAUAUAUAUAUUUUUGGAAGGCAUGAGGAGUUAAUUAAAAGUUAAAUGGAAUUUUGUUGUAAAAGGAAAAAAGUGUACUGUACUGUGUUAAUGGACGGUCCCUUGGUGAGGGGCGUACUAUUGUUUUGUAGUUUUUCUUUUGUAUGUAAGAUUUGAAG